UUCUAGUGUGAAAGUUGUUUCAGAAGCCCAAACUGAAAGUCUUGCUUUUAUUUAAUGAGACGUGUAAAAGAGUGAUUAAGAUUUAUACAUUAGCUAUGUAAUUUAUUGGUUUAUAACUAGUACUGGUUCGAGUUUUUUGGUUUUACUCGAAAUCGAACCGUAUAAUCCGGACCGAGACCGAAUAGUAAACAAUCCAAUUCAAUUUUUAGGCUUAGAUUUAAGAUAAAAAAAAAACCGUUUGGGACCGGAUCAAAAACUGGAUAAAGAUCGGAUAAGAGAGUUCAACACCCAAAAUUUAAGAGUAAUUAGCAUAAACGGUCACAAACAUUUGCACUUAGUACAAAACUGAACCAACUCCUCACCCUUUCAGGCAUUAGGCCACUCAAAUCCACACAAGCUCAAUAUAAAAUCAAGACCGAAUUGGGACCGGAUCGGGUCAAGACAGGAUUGGAUCAAGACCGGGCUGUAUCCAAUCCAAUCUUUGAUCCUUAUAUUUUCGAAAAUAACAUACUGAACCAGAUCAAUUUAGACCAAUUUAACCGGACCGUAUAGCCACCCUUAUUUAUAACACAUCCAUAUAUAUGGAAAGUAGCUAUCAGAAACAGAAAGUUAUGUUAAUUAUUACUUAUUUGUAUUGACAUGCAUGGACCCAUGCAUAUGUCAACUACUAAUUAGGAAAUUGCGCCAUUAUUGUUUCCAAAAGUAUCCCUCUUUGUUACCCUCACAGAAGCUUCCAACAAAUUACUACUACUAUUAUAAUAUAAUAAUAAUAUUUCUUGUUUUACAUUUUUCAUACAAGUUGUCGAAUUAAGUAAUCAAGUUGGUUUGACAAGUGAUUUGAAGUUUAAUGAGUCGGAUCGAGUUCAACUAGUUCAAAUCGAGUUUAAUAUAAUAUAUGUGAGAAAACCUCUAAUACCAAAUAGAUUAUGCAUAUGUGACAGAUUUUAAAACAUUCUUGCUAAUCUAUAUUCAUAUAUUUCCAAAUUAUUUCUUCUAAAUAAAUAUAUAUUACAAAAUUAUUAAUCUUCAUCUUCAAAUACGGGUUUGAAUGACUCAUAAAAAAUACGGGUUUGAAUGGUCAAACUAGUUGUUUUUAAUUGGUUUAACCCGAUUUUGAUUGGUUUGAUUCGCAUUUGAAUUUUUUCCACAAAUUGUCCAGCCCAAAUGCAUUCCAACCAUUUAGAUGGUAGAUUCCAAUCGGACUUUGUUAAUGUUUACAAUCACCCACAACAUGUUUUGUAACGUCAAAAGUUUAUAAAAUCCAUCUAAUCAUUAAAACUACGGCUUAAUUGCAAGUUUGGUCACUCGAAUUGCUAUAAAAUUUCAUGUUUGUCACUCGAAUUAAUUUAUUCCAUUUAUAGUCACUCGAAUUAGUUGAAUAGUCCAAGUUCGGUCACUCUCCGUUAACUUCCGUUAGACUCCAUUAAUGACGACCGUUAAGUGAUGACGUGGCUAACAGGAAAUCACAGUCAGCAUAAUUUAACACUAAAAAAUGACGACCCGACCCGCCACGUCAUAUUUACCCGCCAUGUCAGCCCUUCUUGCCCAACCCGCGAACCAACCCAAUUAAUUAACCCAAACCCAAACCCGAGACACAACCCCUGAAAAAUAAACAGAGAUCGAGCCCUCGCCACCACUACCUUCCUCCGCCGUCGCAACUUCUCCGCAUCCGCAGUCACCUCCGAGCUCCCCGCACUCGAACCAUCCGUCGACGCCGAACUGCUCUCGCAGAUGCUCCUCCACCACCACAACCCUUUCCACGCCAUGGAAUCCUGCCUCCAGCUCAACGGAAUCUCGCUCACGCCUUCCCUCCUCCACCAGACCCUAAUCCGCUCCGCCACAGCUCCAAGAUCGCCCUAUCCCUCUUCCACUACUCUCUCUCCCUCCCUUCUUCUCCGGCCACCUCCGCCGCUUACAACCUCAUGAUCGAUAUCCUCGCGAAGGUUCACCAAUUCGACGUUUGUUGGCAGCUAAUCAUCCAGAUGGGUUCACCAAUCCGCCGGAUUCACCCGCCAAGCGAUUCGCGCGUUCGACGAUAUGCAAGGGUUCAUUGGGUCGGUGGAUUCGACCCAUUUCUGCUUCCUGCUCGACACUCUCUGCAAGUACGGGCAUGUGAAAGUGGCUGUCGAGGUUUUCAACAAGAGGAAAUUCAGCUUCGUUCCCAAUGUCAGGAUGUACACUGUUCUGAUCUGCGGAUGGUGCAAGCUGGGGAGAUUGGACAUGGCGGAGAAGUUUUUGAGAGAGAUGGAUGAGAAGGGAAUCGAGCCCAAUGUCGUUACUUACAACGUCUUGUUAGAUGGGAUAUGCAGGAGACAGCGGCGGAUCCAGAACACAGUAGUGCACUAGGCCGGAUUUCAUUAAAAAUUAGAUACCGUAAAAAGGAUAAUGAUUUUAUAUUUUUUUACAAUGUCAAUUGUUCAUGAUGGUGUUUUAAUUUAGCGAAUGCAUCAAUAAUGGAGUCUACAUCCAUGUCAAUAGUAUGCUUUGUUUCAAAUAAAAUACUUGAGCAACCGGCGAGUAAUUCAUCGCUCAUUUUGUUGCGCUAAUCAGUUUUCUCAUGUUUCAUUGUUGAUAAGGUUCUCGCCGUAGUAAUUGUUGAAACAGACAGCGUCAAUACUAAAAUCAAUCGACUAAUCAGUUUCCAUUGUGUGUCCAUCCCUAUAUCCAACAACUGCUCUAGUAAAUUUUCAAUGGAAUAAAUUUCAUAUUUCUUUUAUUAGUCUUUUACGCAUUAGACUUUUAAAAUUUCAUGUCCGUUGUUUUUGUUUAGACGAAAAUCUUUAGGGCUAGAAUUUAUAAGCUAAAUUUAGAGUAGUUAUUUGAAUAUGUUCAUAUGAAUUAUUUUUCUAGUUACACACAAUCUUAUUAUAAAAUAACACUGAACCGAAUGUCUAAGAUCGAAAAAUUCAUGAGGACUAUACUAACUUUGGAUCCAGAGGAGGGCUGGGCCGGGGCCUGGGUUGGCCACCCCCUGGAUCCGCCAAUGGCAGGAGAGCUAGAUUGCAGCCGGAGCAUAAGUUUGAGAAGACGAUUGUUUUGGCCGAGCAGGUGUUCGACGAAAUGCGCCAGAGAGGGAUCGAACCAGAUGUGACCAGUUUCUCCAUCGUUCUCCGGUUUCCUCGUUAGUUCGUUUCAGGGGAACUCAUCGGAGGGGUUGUGUGGUCGGCCCAUGGAGGUGUGCUUGAGAUCAGGAGGGAAGAAGGGGAUGUCGAAUGCUGCGGUGGUGGGGAUAAUCGCGGUGAUUGUUUUCUCGUGGACGGCGAUUUAUUUUUUGGGGGUUUGGGUCUCGGGUUUGGGUUUGGGUCAAUUAAUUGGGUUGGUUCGCGGGUUGGGCAAGAAGGGCUGAUAUGAUGGGUAAAUAUGACGUGGCGGGUCGUCGUUUUUUAGUGUUAAAUUAUGCUGACUGUGAUUUUCUGUUAGCCACGUCAUCACUUAACGAUCGUCAUUAACGGAGUCUAACGGAGGUUAACGGAGAGUGACCGAACUUGGACUGUUCAACUAAUUCUAGUGACUAUAAAUGGAAUAAAUUAAUUCGAGUGGCAAACGUGAAAUUUUAUAGCAAUUCGAGUGACCAAAGUUGCAAUUAAGCCUUAAAACUACCUAGCAUGUUCUUGGCUUGAUGAUUUUUCGUCCAUACAUUGCGGUACAUAUUUUUGUCCUCGACUUAUUGGCGAUGAUAAACAAAAAACACAUGCUAAUUAGAUUGCUUGCUUUUUUUAUAUUUUGUUUUUUUUUAUCAUGACCCAUUUCAAAGUGUCUGAAUGGUAUCUACAAACAUUUGGAAAAUGACUCGAAGUGUUGGUAGCUGACGAAUAAGGGCUUGAUCUAUUGGUAUAUGUUGUUGAUCUUUAAUCUAUAAGUUUCAUAUUCGAAUCCCGUAAUAAGUAGCAUUCAACAAUAAAAACAAAUCUAUUGU